AUGGCUGCCCAAUGCGUUACGAAGGUGGAGCUGAAUGUCUCCUGUGACAAUCUUUUGGAUAUGGAUGUAGGGUCGAAGUCGGACCCUUUAUGUGUGUUAUUUUUGAAUACGAGCGGUCAACAGUGGUAUGAGGUUGAUCGCACAGAAAGGAUUAAGAAUUGUUUGAAUCCCACAUUUUCCAAGACAUUUAUUAUUGAUUACUACUUUGAAGUGGUUCAGAAAUUGAAAUUUGGGAUUUAUGACAUUGACAACAAAACCGUCCAGCUGAAUGAUGAUGACUUCUUAGGAGAAUUUGAAUGUACCCUUGGACAAAUUGUUUCUAGUAAGAAGCUAACUCGACCCCUGGUGCUUAAAAAUGGCAGACCUGCGGGGAAAGGAAGCAUUACGAUUUCAGCUGAAGAAAUAAAGGAUAACAGAGUGGUCUUGUUUGAAAUGGAGGCAAGAAAACUCGACAAUAAGGAUCUAUUUGGAAAGUCAGAUCCAUACCUGGAAUUCCACAAGCAGACAUCUGAUGGAAACUGGCUAAUGGUUCAUCGAACAGAGGUUAUUAAAAAUAACUUGAAUCCUGUUUGGAGGCCUUUUAAAAUCUCUCUGAACUCCCUGUGCUAUGGAGAUAUGGACAAAACGAUCAAGGUAGAGUGCUAUGAUUAUGAUAAUGAUGGGUCACAUGAUCUCAUUGGAACAUUUCAAACCACCAUGACAAAACUGAAAGAAGCCUCCAGAAAUUCACCUGUGGAAUUUGAAUGCAUAAAUGAAAAAAAGAGGCAAAAGAAGAAAAGCUACAAGAAUUCAGGUGUUAUCAGUGUGAAACAGUGUGAGAUUACAGUGGAAUGCACAUUCCUUGACUAUAUCAUGGGAGGAUGUCAGCUGAAUUUUACUGUGGGUGUGGACUUCACCGGCUCUAAUGGUGACCCAAGGUCUCCUGACUCCCUUCAUUACAUCAGCCCCAAUGGUGUUAAUGAGUAUUUGACUGCUAUCUGGUCUGUGGGACUGGUCAUUCAAGAUUAUGAUACUGAUAAAAUGUUUCCAGCUUUUGGUUUUGGAGCUCAGAUACCUCCUCAGUGGCAGGUUUCACAUGAAUUUCCAAUGAACUUUAAUCCAUCCAAUCCCUUCUGCAACGGAAUCCAAGGCAUUAUAGAAGCAUAUCGGGCCUGCCUCCCUCAGAUAAAACUCUAUGGACCAACUAAUUUUUCUCCAAUCAUAAACCAUGUGGCCAGGUUUGCUGCUGCAGCUACCCAACAACAGACAGCUUCUCAAUAUUAUGUGCUCUUAAUCAUUACUGAUGGUGUGAUAACAGACCUUGAUGAGACCAGACAAGCUAUAGUUAAUGCUGCCAAGCUUCCUAUGUCCAUCAUCAUUGUUGGAGUAGGAGGUGCUGACUUCAGUGCCAUGGAGUUUCUGGAUGGUGAUGGUGGAAGUCUCCGCUCCCCAUCAGGCGAGGUAGCCAUCCGAGAUAUUGUCCAGUUUGUGCCUUUCAGACAGUUCCAGAACGCUCCAAAAGAAGCGCUCUCUCAGUGUGUCUUGGCAGAGAUCCCCCAGCAGGUGGUGGGCUACUUCAACACAUAUAAACUCCUCCCUCCCAAGAACCCAGCUAAGAAAUGAAAGGAGCUAUGGCCGCCUGAGCAGAAUUCUUUUGUGCUAUAUGGAGCAAUGGAUUCCUCUCCUACCCUGAAUCAUGAAUCUGUUAUUUUACAUGCUUUUCAUCCCCAGCAUUUAUGAUAUAGACCUAGUUCUCUAUGGGUUAUAUCUAUUUAAAGCAUUCUUUAUACUUUUUUUUUUGGAGGGAAGUGCUAAGUUAAUCUUUGCUCAAUCAAUGCAGUGAUUGCUAGUGACUUACAGUGAUGCUCUGGGGAUUAGAAACUCAUGUGAGAAAAGUUGAUUUGGAGGUUAUGGUUGUUUACUUUCACAUGGUGAAAAUACUGUUUUUGAAUGUUUAUCAAUAGAAAGAAUGAAAAAUUGCUGGGUUGUGAUUUAUAGGUUGCUGUACUUUGCUCUAGGCAAUAUGUUUUACAAACCAAUGAAACCAUACCUGAUGACAAGAACUUCUUAAAUCAGAUGAUAUUGAAUUUGUUCCUAUAACCACAUCCAGUGCUUUUCCGGGGGAUAAAACUACGUUCACUUUUGCCUGAAUUUUGCUGCAGUUUAGACAAUGCAGUUUACAAAACAGUAUGCAUUCACUUAGGACUUCUUUAAAAAUACUGGAUAAGAAGGGAAGGCAUAUAUCCAAUUCUUAAAAUGUACAAUCAACAAGUAAAAGGAACCUCAUGUAAGUAAGCCAUUUUUAUUUGCCUUCCUGGAUUUUUUAUUUUCAUUGUAGAAUACUGUAAACAUGGUCAGAUUUGACCUUUUCAUUUACUGUAUGUGAGAUUCAGAAUUGUCUGCGUAGAUGAUAGGUUGUCCUAGAUUCAACAUUAUGAAAGUAUUUUAAUUGGAGUUUGCUGAAAUGGUUAGUACUGCUUUGUCCAGGAAAGCUAGGAGGACCAAAUAUGUAAGGGGAAAUUCAGAAUUCCAUUUCCUUUAAACUAAUGAAAGGCUUAUAAAAAAAAAGACAAUUUUUAUAUUUUCCUUGCUAACCUCUCACACAUUGAUUUGUAUAUUUGUGCAGAUUCAUUUAGACAUUUUCUCCCUUUUUUAAGUAACAUUUUUAGUCUGAUUUUUAAACUCAUGAUAGUGGUUAUGUAUUAAUCAAAAUCAAAUUUUGCUUUGUAAUUAUGUGAUUUCCUAAGCCCAAAAUGUAUGUAUUAAGCCUAAAACCUGUUAUAACUUAAAAAAAAAAAAUCCCACUGCUGCAUUAGGAUAGAGUGGACUUUACAUCCUUUUUUUUUUUUAGAGUAGAAUUUUUUUUCCUGAUUUUUACCCUUUAGAACAUAUUACUUAACAAACAUGACAUUUUCAGAAUAGAUUCAGUAACAUUUUAUUGAAGAACCUGUGUGCCAAGUACUAUGCAUAUUCGUAUGUUGGCCAAUCAUCUCUAACAAUUUAAUGUUAAAAGUUGUGUGUUCAUCCUAUAUCCUUAAAUGGAUGCACCAGUGCCUUGCUGACAUGCCUUUCAGUCUUACUGAAAAGUUGUACCACAGCUCAUAUCGCUUAUUCUCUGAAAUGUCUAAAGGAGAUGAGCUCUCAGCCAUGAAGAACUUUGGGUUCUCAGAAACAGCUUGUUGCCAAGGUCAGGCUAAAGAGGAGACCUGGUUGCUGUUGUGGUUGCCUAGCUCAUGUGAGCAGUUCCAACUUUCCCACUUAGCUAGCUCGCCUCUGCAUAUGUGCUAUUAACCUGAAGGUACCUAACUAGUAGUCUGUUACCCUAUGACAUAUCUCAGUUGACAAGUCAUUUUAACAUUAGUUAAGUGAGAAGAAAACUGAUAAUACUUCUAGUAGUUUGGAGCCUU